AUGGCCGUUUGCCUGGAGGUGGCACUGAUAAGUGGCAAGAGGGCCAAGGUGGAGGCUGAGCCGAGCUGGCUCCUGGAGAGGGUGAGAAAUCAGGCUCGCUGCACCCUGGGCUGCGGCUCCGGCGUCUUGCUGGGACCUUCCGGAGACUUCUUGGCAAAAACUGCCAGCGUAGCCGACGCCGGCUUGCGAACCGGGGAUGUCCUGACCCUCCACAUUGGGGAGGUGCGGGUCGCCGCGACUCAGCGGGCGUUUGCCGCCCUCCUGGCCGACGGCUCCGUCGCAACCUGGGGUGACCCGAAUGGUGGUGGGGAGAGCGGUCACGUGCAGGCGCGCUUGCAGAGGGUGAGGGAGAUUCAGGCGAACGAUGAGUCCUUCGCUGCUAUCCUCCAGGAUGGUUCCGUCGUAACUUGGGGGUGCGCGGACGGCGGUGACAGCGAGGCGGUGCAAGAGAGGCUACGCGACGUGGCCGCCAUCCAGGCAGCCGGAUUUGCAUUCGCUGCCCUCCUGAAAGAUGGAUCCGUCGUCACCUGGGGCGACCCCGUCAAUGGCGGAGAUUGCUCUGCAGUGCAGCGUGAGCUCGUCAAUGUGCAGAAGAUACAUGCAACCAAGUAUGCGUUUGCCGCGCUGUUAGAGGGCGGGCCAGUGGUGACUUGGGGCUCUCCCAUUUUUGGCGGCGAUUCUACCCCUGUGCAGAUGCAGCUGGGUAGCAAUGUGAAGGGGGUCAUGGCAGCCGGAUUUGCUUUUGCUGCGUUGCUCGAUGACGGGUCUGUGGCAGCUUGGGGCGUGCCAGACACUGGUGGAGACACCAGUUCCGUUCAGGAUGAGCUCGAGAACGUGCGGCAAAUCCAAGCAACUGAUGGAGCGUUUGCCGCCUUGCUUGAGGAUGGGGCUGUGGUGACCUGGGGCUCUCCAGAGCACGGCGGAGACAGCAGCUCCGUGCAACAUCAACUCCAGGCGGUGAUACUGGAACAACUCAGGCAAGCCAUCCAGGCGAACGAAGGGGCUUUUGCAGCUCUGUGCAGCAACGGCGCCGUCGUCACUUGGGGAGUCCCAGCCUAUGGUGGGGACAGUGCGGCUGUGCAGGAGCAACUCAUGCAGGCGCAGCAGCUGCAGUGCACGGAGUCCGCCUUCGCGGCUGUCUUGCGCGACGGGCGCGUCGUGACCUGGGGCCAGCCCGGAGCUGGCGGAGACAGCAGCGCCGUGCAGAAGCAGCUUGAGAACGUUCAGUGCAUCCAAGCAUCCUACACCGCCUUCGCAGCCUUGCGUGCGGAUGGCACGGUGGUGACCUGGGGUGACCCAGCUUGCGGUGGAGACAGCCGUGGUGUCCGGGAGCAGCUGACAAAGGUGAAACACAUUGCCGGCAACCAGGGCGCUUUUGCUGCCAUUCGCCUGGAUGGCUCCAUCGUGACGUGGGGCGAGGUGGACUCUGGCGGGGACAGCAGUGCAGUCAGAGAUCAGCUGGCUUAG